UGCUACCGUCUAGGCCUUUCCGCUGCCUCACCUGAGUCCCGCCUGGCCUACCACCGCGUGCCCUAGAGCUGCCGCCAUCGGCGACGCCUCAAUCUCGCCCACGCCGCCCCUCUCACGCCCGUCGCCGCCAUCGCCAUCGCCGUUCCCCUCUUUCCUCGUCGGGACAUCGCGUCGUUCUUGCUGUCUCCACCCCCAUCCGCAGUCGACUUUGGCCACCAGGUCUCGAGCCUGGAAAAGAUGCAGAGUAAUAAGCGAGAAGGCGUUUCUACGACAAUCUCCGACAAGAAACAAAAAACCUGCAUAAGUAGUUGCGGAGGAAAUUGCAUCCGGAUAAUAUUUUUGAAGAGGAAUUUGGCAGCUCAAGUGAUUCUGGUCAAGGUGUCUGGAGCAUGCUCAGUGAAGAAGUCGCAUCAAACAUAGCUGAAACUGUUGUAUCACUUGCCUCGUUCGAUCGCGGGAAUUCAAUGUUUUUCGCAUGCACGGGCAUAAUUAUCGAUUACAGUCUAACUACCACAACUGCAAGUAUUCUGACUUCACUAAGUUUGAUUAAAUCUAUUGAUGACGAUAGCGAGACCUUCCUCAAUAGGAAGAUUAAAGUGUGCCUUCCAAAUAACCUUGUAGCCAUGGGAUGGUUGAAAUUCUAUGAUGUAAAAUGCAAUAUUGCUAUUGUCAAUAUCAAGGCCUUCCCUGUUCUUCGCACAUGUCUUGAGCAUCAACAACUCAAGUCCCAGAGUGAAGUAGUUGCUGUAGGGCGUUGCUUCAGCUCAGGAAAAUUAAUGGCCACAACUGGGAUGUUGAUUGACAAUCCAAGUGAAGCUUAUUCUGAGGAGCUUGAAGUCUCCACAUGUGAAAUCACUAUGACUGGAGUUGGUGGGCCCCUCAUUGGAUUGGAUGGGGACUUCGUUGGGAUGAACUUUUAUGAUACAAAAGUGACUCCAUUCCUACCAAAGAAAAAAAUUCUUGAACUCUUGAUGCAGUGUAGAAAAAUACCGACAUGCUGUGUUAAAUGUGAGCGAGGAGUUGAACGUAGAACUGGUAGACGCUUCAGCAACCCACCAGAAUAUCCUGGAUUAGAUGUUCGCUCAAGGUUGGGGAAGAAUCCUUCCUUGUGUACAAUCUGUGAUCCAGAAGGUCAAACAGAACAUGAGGAUAAGUUAUUAGGCACUUUAUCUUUUCUUCCUCGGUGGCCGCAGGAUGGUUAUGGUGUUGGAUCCAUUGAUGAGAGAAGAAAUGUGCUAAGGUCCAGAAAUUAUCCCUUUCCACUUUUGGAGGAUCGGGGCGGGCGUUUGUUUCAUACAUUUGAAGAUAAAUUUUGUGAAGAUAUCUGGUGGAAACUCACAGAAAAAGUUGCUUCACACAUGUCUCAAAGUGUUGUGUCACUGGCUUCAUUCAUUGGAGAAGCAAGAUUUUUUGCGUGCACAGGCAUAUUCAUUGAUUGCACUGAGUCCACUACAAGAAUUCUGACUUCGGCAAGUUUGGUUAGAACUUGCGAUGAUAAUGAUACGAUUAUUGAUAACUUGAAGCAGAUUGAAGUGUGCCUUCCAGAUAAACAAUAUACCAAAGGGACAUUGCAACAUUACAAUUUACACUAUAAUAUUGCUGUCGUCAGCAUCACUGGUUUCAGCUGUACUCGGACAGCACAAAUUUAUGACCAGGUGCAAAUUGAACCUCAUGGGGAGGUAGUAGCUGUAGGAAAAAUCUUUGAGUAUGGCAUAUUAAUGGCCGCAAGUGGGAUAGUAACUCACAAAGCAAGUAAGAUCAAUUGCAAAGAACUUAUGAUCUCCACUUGUAAAAUCACCAAGGCUGGGAUUGGAGGGCCUCUUAUUGAUUUUGAUGGAAAUUUUAUUGGCGUGAACUUCUUUGGCCUGGAAGAAACUCCAUACGUACCAAGUAAUAUAAUUCUGGAACUCUUGCGGAAUUUUGAUGGAAAAGGGACUGGUGCAGCUCAUUUUGCCCACGAUCAAAACCCAACCAGAUGGCCUGUGCCUAAGCCAUAUUGGUGCUAUCCGUCAUUCCACAUCUUCGAGGAAGAUCCAGAGGAUAUAGAACCUCAGCGAUUCGAUUAAUGCAUUUGUCAACCUCAACCUGCUGAUUGAGCCACUUCACUUGCUGGAUCGAGCUGUUUCAUGAGCUCCUUUUCAUUCAUGUACUUGAGGAUAUAGUGCCAGACGAUUUCUAGGUUCAGCCUAUGGUAUAUGUAAAGAGCACUUGACUAGUCCUUUCCAUUCAUGUACUUGACGAUAUAGUACCGGAUAGCGCCAUGUAUGAAGAGUACAUGUCUUAACAAAGAGAGAGUACAAGAUAUUUUUUGUAGUGAUUUAGCAUCUGGACAACAUAAGACGCUGCAUCAAGCCGUUGCUUCUACCGUCUA